CGUCCAACAACAACUACGUGUCGCCUCGUCACACACGUAAUUUUUGUUAUUUUUUGUUGUUAAUAAAGCAAUUAACAGCACACAAAGAUUGUAAAUAAUUUUCACGUCACUGUGUUCAACCAACUGCCGACAACAACGAACGGUGAAAAGCUUUUGCUGGUGACCUCUGGACGAAAAACAACGUACCAGUCGCCAAGGACAUGAAGUGUGUGUAAAAAAGUGCAUCAGCAUGAGACGGCAGCAAAUUAAUUGAAAUCUAGCUAAAUAAAAUAAAGUACAAAGUUAACUGUAAACUAAAUUAAGUGAAAAUCUCUCAUAAGUCUCAUUAGACUGCAUAAAUAUUCGAAGUGUAGGAAACUAUUACGCCAAUUUGGCUGUGUGUGAAAGUGCGUGGAAGUGCAACAAAAAGAAAAACAUAUUUAUUUUGUAAAAACUUAUUAGGAUGGCAGGCAAUAAUUUGCGACAAAUUCCAUUGACUUGUAGCGGUCACACGCGUCCUGUGGUGCAUUUGGAUUUUAGUAACAUUUGCGACAGUGGCUACUUUCUCAUCUCGGCGUGCAAAGAUGGCAGCCCAAUGUUGCGCCAUGGUGACACCGGUGACUGGGUUGGGACCUUCGAAGGCCACAAGGGUGCUGUCUGGGGCGUUGCGCUUAACCGGAAUGCAACGCUGGCCGCUUCGGGGGCUGCUGACUUUACCGGAAAAGUGUGGAAUGCGGUCAGCGGUGCAGAGAUUCAUAGUUUUCAACAUAAGCAUAUUGUGAAGAGCGUUGCUUUCGACAGCACGUCAGAGAACAUUGUGACGGGAAGCAAUGAGAAGCUGGUGCGGGUCUUCAAUUUGGAGCAGCCCAGUGCGGAGCCGGAGCUGUACGGUGGUCACGGUGGUGCCAUUAAGCGUGCACUAUUCUGUCGUGACGACAAGUGCAUAAUAUCAGCGGCCGAGGAUCGGACUGUGCGUCUGUGGGAUCGCAUGACUGGUCUGGAAGUGCAGCGUCUGCAGUUUUCCAACAAUCCCAACAGCUUGGAGAUCUCUCGUGAUGAUCAUGUGCUAACCAUCGCGCACGGUUCGACAAUCAGCUUCUGGGAGAUUGAUACACUUAAGAAACUAAAGGAGGUGAAAGUGCCGACGAAUGUGUCGUCAGCUAGUUUACAUCCUGACAAAGAUGUUUUUGUUUGCGGUGGCGAGGACUUUAAAAUGUACAAGUUUGACUUUAUUACCGGGAAUGAAAUUGAAUCCUUCAAGGGUCACUUUGGUCCAGUGCAUUCGGUAAAGUUCAGCCCUGAUGGUGAACUUUAUGCAAGUGGUUCUGAAGAUGGCACACUGCGUUUAUGGCAAACCACUGUGGGCAAAACCUACGGCUUGUGGAAGUGUACUGAGCCAAACGAAAUGAACUCCAUGAAUUCGCCCCGCGAGGUACCCGCAAACUGAUGCUGGAGAAGUGCCAGUAGUCACUGCUAUAGACCGCAAUUACCGGAAACGCAUAGAAAGUGAUUCGAGCAAUAUCUGCGAUUUUUUAAGUUCUUAUUUGUAAAAUCAUUUCUCAAAUGGCUACAAUAAAUAUAAUUUAAGUUUCAACGCUCA